CAAACAGCAGCCAGCCGCCGGGGGACAUCAAUGGUGGCGUUAAUUCAGGGAAGGGUCUGAGAAGGACCGAUACUACGGCGUACAUGGAGAGCUGAAGGCCGAACAUGAGGCGAACGUCCUUAAUAAUGUACAUAUCUGCUGCAUUGCUAGUUAUUUUAUAUGUAUAUAGCGGAUUUUCCGAAGCAGCACCUCCUCGCAUCAAUCAAUACGAUGCGUCUACUACAAUCGCCACUUCUUCUCCACCUCCACGAAUUGGGAUUUUAUCUGCCACCGCGGAGCAAGCGUCUAGCGUGCAAAGGCGAUCCACGGAUGCUCAGACCACUCUUUUCGCUCCGGAGAAAGCGCUACAGACCAUGGUGUCGUCUAUGGUCUCCCAGCGCUCCGCCAACGAUGCCUGGUCCGCGGAUAGCACUGGCCCCGUAGCCGCUGUAGACGCUAGCCAAGAGUUGGUGUGUAACUGCAGCACUGGGGCGGAGGGCAUCCUGGACCCAGACGAGUGUGACCCCAAAACAGGCCAGUGCUCGUGUGAGUUGGGCUACAGCGGGCUCCAGUGUGACGACUGUGAGGAGGGCUACUUCACCAACGGGACCAGCGGCUGCCUGCCCUGUGCCUGUGACUCCUACGGGGCCGUGGACUCUCUCUGCGACAGCUCAGGGACUUGUGUGUGUAAAACCGGAGUGUAUGGCCCCAAAUGUGACGACUGCCACCCUGGAUUCUUCCACUUCAGCAGUACAGGCUGUAGACCGUGUCAGUGCAACAAUCACACCAGCAACUGCCACCCCCAGUCCGGUCUGGUGAUGACAUAUACAGUCAGCACAAGCGUGUUCCUGGUCACGGCGUUCUCGUAUGCUCGGAUCCUGUUGGCAGUCCUGGGUCGUGGUGGUCUAGACCCGGUCCAGACCCGGUCCAAGGCCCUGCAAACCUGCUCCUCCCACCUGCUGGUCUACGUGCUGUACAACUUGGCAUCCGUCAUCAUCGUCAUAUCGUACCGCUUCCCUGCUCUUGCCCCAAACAUCAAAAAACUCUUCAGCAUCCUCUUCAUCAUUGUCCCGCCUGCCGUCAACCCGCUCGUCUACGGCCUGGUGAGCCGCGAGCUGCGCAGCGCCAUCUGCAGGCAGCUGAACCGCGUCGCACCCAAGAGACACAGCUGA